AUGUCCUUUAUCUACAAUGGAGAGAAGGUUACAUUGUAUGGAGAUCAAGAAUUAAUCGCAGCAGGAAGAUCAUUUAAACAGAUGGAGACACAGAAAUGGGUGGAAUAUGCUGAGUUAGACACAGAAAUGGGAGAGUUAAAUGGGUUAGAAAUGAGUCAAGAAGUUCCAGAAAAGAUUCAGCGACUGUUAGACCAAUACCCUGAAGUGUUCUCAGAACCAACACAAUUACCACCUGUACGAGGAAGGGAGCAUGCGAUAAACUUGAUGGCAGGAACAGGGCCUAUCAGUGUGAGACCAUAUCGUUACCCACAUGCAUACAAGGAGGAAAUGGAGAAGUUGGUGAGUGAGAUGUUGAAAGCGGCAGACAAAUUUCCCAUUCCACUGAUAGAUCAGUUGCUUGAUGAGCUUCACGGUGCAAAGUAUUUCUCAAAGCUAGAUUUGAGAGCUGGCUAUCACCAGAUACGAAUGUUGGAAAGAGAUGUAGAGAAGACGGCGUUCAGAACAACCAAUGGGUAUUACGAAUUCUUAGUCAUGCCUUUUGGUUUGACAAAUGCCCCAUCUACCUUUCAGGCUUUAAUGAAUGAGCUUUUUCGGCCUUUCUUGGGACAUUUCGUGCUUGUCUCCUUUGACGACAUCUUGGUAUUCAGUGCAAGUCAGGAGGAGCAUGAAGCGCAGUUGAAAAUCGUGAUGGAUAUCUUUGUGGAGAAUAAGCUAUUUGCGAACAAGAAGAACUGUUUGUUUGGGCAAACUCAAGUGGAGUACUUGGGCCAUAUUAUCUCGGAUCAGGGAGUCGCAACGGAUCCAUCAAAGACUCAGGCUAUGAAGGAUUGGCCUAACCCGAAGACAGUAAAGGAGUUGAGAGGUUUCCUCGGUCUCACAGGGUAUUAUAGACGAUUUGUGAAGGGUUAUGGAUCCAUUGCGAGACCAUUGACGGAUUUACUGAAGAAGGAUAACUUUGAAUGGACAAGUUGCACACAACAAGCUUUUGAAGAGUUAAAAAAAGCUAUGAUGACGGCUCCAGUUUCAGCAUUGCCAGAUUUUUCAGAGGUUUUCGUGGUAGAGUCAGAUGCCUCAGGAUUCGGUGUGGGUGCAGUUUUGAUGCAGAAUCAGAAACCAAUAGCCUAUUUUAGUUCCGGUUUGACAUACAGGGAGCAGAUCAAACCUAUCUAUGAAAGGGAACUAAUGGCAAUCGUCUUAGCUAUACAGAAGUGGAGACAUUACCUCUUGGGAAGAAGAUUUAUUGUUCAUACAGAUCAGAAGAGCUUAAAAUUUCUGUUAGAACAAAGGGAAGUGUCGAUGGAAUAUCAGAAGUGGCUUAUUAAAUUGCUGGGAUUUGAAUUUGACAUCGUGUACAAACCAGGAGUAGAGAACAAGGCAGCAGACGUUCCCGCCAAUCUGCAACUCCAAGACAUUUAUAAAGAAAUUACGGAGGAUGUACAGAUUCAGGAACAAGUGACGCGUGUGCUAGAAGGCAAAGAAGAGAAGAAAGAGUAUGCAGUGGUUGAAGGAAGGUUGAUGAAGAAUGGACGUUUAGUGAUUCCGCGAUCCUCCUCUCAUAUUCCGCUCAUUCUUAAAGAGUUUCACGCGGGAGUUAUCGGUGGUCACUCUGGCAUUUUGAAGACGAUGAAGAGGAUCCAUAGUACUUUCUAUUGGAAGAGGAUGGUAAAAGACAUCCAAAAAUUUGUCAAAGAGUGUGAUAUUUGCCAAAGACAUAAGUACUCAACUUUGCGUCCAGCGGGUUUGUUACAGCCGCUACCUGUACCAAAUCAAAUCUGGGAAGACAUCUCAAUGGAUUUCGUCGAAGGACUUCCUGUCUCCCAAGGCGUGAACGUGAUUUUGGUGGUGGUGGACAGAUUGAGCAAAGGCGCUCAUUUUCUGAGGUUGAAACAUCUGUUCACUGCGAUUGAUGUGGCUUCAAGGUUUGUGCAGGAAGUGGUGAGACUUCACGGGUUCCCGCGCUCAAUAGUCUCAGACCGGGAUCGCAUUUUCUUGAGCUCGUUUUGGAGAGAGCUGUUUCAUCAGGCAGGGACGCACUUAAAGUUUAGCACGGCUUUUCAUCCCCAAACUGACGGACAAACGGAGGUGUUAAACCGUUGCCUAGAGACAUAUCUCUGUUGCUUCGCUUCGUCGCACCCGAAGUCGUGGGCAAAGUUUUUGUGCUGGGCUGAGCUGUCGUACAAUACCAACUUUCACACGGCCAUAGGAACAACUCUGUUCCAAGUGAUGUAUGGUCGAGCGGCUCCUAGCUUGUUGCGAUUUGAAGAGAAGUCGACUGCGAAUUUUGAUUUGGAAGUGAUGUUAGAGGAGCGUGAUGAGAUGUUGACUGCCUUGAAAUAUCACUUGGUUCAGGCUCAGGCACAGAUGAAGAAUAAUGCCGAUAAACAUAGAAGAGAGUUGUUGUUUGAAGCAGGGGAUAAAGUUUUUUUGAAACUUCGGCCGUAUCGUCAACAGUCGGUCUCCAAACGCUUGUAUCAGAAGCUAGCAGCUCGUUUUUAUGGCCCAUUUGAGGUUUUGGAGAGGAUUGGAAGCGUGGCUUAUCGUCUGAAGUUGCCCGCAGAAUCGAGAAUCCACAAUGUGUUUCAUGUUUCCCAGUUGAAACCUGUUUUGGGAACGGGUCAUCAGGUUUCUUUACUUCCUGAGUCUUUUGACCAUCGACCGGAGCUCAUUAUUGAACCGGCGUCAAUCAUUGAAACACGUUAUGACAAUGGAGGCCAUUUGGAGGCACUGGUACAGUGGAAAGACUUGCCGGCGCAUGAGAAGACGUGGGUUCGUGCCUCGGAGUUACUCAAAGAUUUUCCAGAACUUGAGGACAAGCUUCUUCUUGACGAGGGGGGUAAUGUUAGACUGUUAAACCGGUUUGUGCGGAAGAAGAGGAAGUCCGGUUUAGCAAUUACAAGGGAAGGAGAGACUCUAAUCGACGCAGAGGAUUAG